AUGUUGGUGGCCUCUACUCUCACCUUAUUGAUGGGCUAUGACGUAAGUCGCAAAGGCGAAUCAAUCCAGCAGCUUAGCCCGCAUGCAUCUGCAGUAUUAGUCGACUCCUGGGAAAAGGUGGCGGAUACGUUCCCUGCUACUGCCUUGCUCCUCCCGUGGACACUUGCCUUUCUUCGUGCAAACCCGCAGCUCCUGCCUGCCCAGUCAGUCUUGUCACUCCAAGAGUCCAAGAUUACAACUUUCCAAGUCAAGGAUCAAAUCGUGUCAGGCUUGAAUCUGAAUGGACAGCUUCAAAUCACGACGCACCGGCCCUCUGAGUCCAUAUCACCCAUCACCAUCCAUCCGUCAUGGGCCCCCGGCAAACCGGUAAAUCCGACCCAGCUCAGCCCAGCCCAAGCCGCGUCCAGCAUAGCACGCGCCGCCGAGCCUGGCAAGCCCAGCCAUCUGCCCCAGGUCCUUGGUCCUCCAAAGGCUGUCAUCAAAGCUGUCAAGACGAAUCGAGCAACGUCCAGAUCUCUCCUUCGGGAGCACAAAAAGAAAGAGAGACAGGACAACCACAUCGAAGUCCCCAAGUCCCAGUCGCGGCUGGGUCUGGCCAGCACUAUCGAUUUCCAGGAGAACGGAAGCCCACCAUCGAGUAAUACACGCACACAAUACCAAUCCAUUCCCAAUUUCCGCCAAUCACUGAUUGGUCAGGUUGGCCCUGCACUGCCAACUUGGCUGCACCAAGGGCCGCUCGGAAGCCUUACGCGCAGAUUGUGGUUCGACAGGCCGGCUGACUGGGAGCAUGACAACUCGACGUUGGCUUUCAUUUUCCUCGACGAGCCGGCACAGGACUGGCCCAGCUUGGUCCUCAAAAGAACAAUCCAACGAGCCGUCGGUAGAGAACAGCAGCGUAUCCCAAACCGGACAAGUCAGGUACAUGAGCUGCAGACGUUUUGGAGCGAGAUUGAAGAGAGAAGGGAUCGUCAACAGAUUCAGCAAUUGAACCAGGCGGUUGGUUAUUGCGGCAAUGGCUACGACAACGGCGUCGAUGUUGGCCCUGGUUCUGGAUCGCCUACCCGUUAUGACACAGGCAAGCCAGGGCCCAAGAAGGGAGAUGUCAAUCUGCACUUCUGCAGUGUCGCAUGCUAG